CCUUCCCGUUGGUGGGCGGCUCCUGGAUGUAGAUGUUGCUCAUGGCGGUGAAAGGACCGUGGGACUACCGAACACCCGCCCGCGCCCGACCCUGGACUUCGCUGCUUAUCCAGCGCUUCCUACCGCGCACAGCCGCCAGCCAUUUUGGGCACCUAUACACAGCCCUGGGAAGGGGGGCGUGAGGCUGUCCAAGCCAGGAGGAGGGACGAAGAGAUGAGUCCCAGGCCGGAGUCUCUACGGGAGUCACUGCGAAAGGACGUCUUUUCGGAAAAAAACGAGGGCUUCUCCACACACCUGCAGUCCCUCCUCGAGCCUCCCGCCCGAGGGGCACUGAGGUCCCCCGCCUUCCCUGUGAGUGGCACGGUCCGGGAGUGCGCCGUGCAAAGCCUUCCGGCAGGGAGAGGCGUCGGUGCAGGCGCGGGCCGGAGGCGGCGGGAGCGGCGGGAUGGCCCUGCCGGGCGGAAAUAAGGAUAACAUCAGAGCAGGAUGCAAAAAGUGUGGUUACCCUGGUCAUUUGACAUUUGAAUGUCGAAACUUCCUCCGAGUAGAUCCUCAAAGAGAUAUUGUUUUAGAUGUUAGCAGCACUAGCAGUGAAGACAGUGAGGAAGAAGAACUACAGAGAUUGCAAGCCAUGCGUGAAAAAAAGAAUUUAAAUGAGGAGGAAGAAAAAAAGAAACAAAAAAGAAAAAACAAAGAGAAGACAAAAAGACUAAGGAAAAGAUCUUCCGCAUCAAGUUCAGUUGAAGAGGAGGGGCCAAAGUCAAAAAAACAAAAAUCACAUAAAAAAGAAAGGGAAAAGGGGAAAAAGCAUAAAUCUAAGAAAGAAAAGCAUCAUAAAAAGGAGAAAAAGAAGAGACGAAAGGAGAAAACUUCAUCUUCUGACAGUUCAGACAGUUCAAGUAGUGACUAAGAUACUGGUCUAUUUUUGUGUUCACUUCUGCAGAGAAGAAUUUUGACCAUCAGAGAAUUUCAACAAAGAAUAAAGUUGAGCUUUAAGAAACACAUUGUAUAUGGGGGUAGUUGUCCAGGAGAAGAUUUAGGCUGGAAAUUGGCAGAAACUUUCUUUACAUCAAAGAACUGCAGUCUUAGAAGAGCAAGAAAUAAAACUUCUGAAAGAAAGAGUUUAGUACAUGUAAUGGCUCAAAGAUAUGCUUGCAUGAGACAGCAACAGGUUACAAAUAAACACAUGCUCUCUUGGACACCAGAAUUCGCAUUACCACUGGUACUUAAGUACAUUUAAAAAGAAGGGAGAAAAUAUAAAUUUCAUGCCAAGAAAAUUUACAGAUGAUGCAAAAUAAGGUGAAGAUUCAAGGAGAAGACUGAUAGCUCAAAGCCAAACAAGUUCAGACAGGAAAAUGGAAAAUGUCUAAGACUGGCAAUAUGAGGCUAGAUCUGAACAGCAGAUUAUGCAUAUGCUAGGAACAGCUGUGGAACAAUUUAAAGUCAGUGUUAGAACUCUUGCCACACCAUGAUCCAUAGAAGAUAUCUCCUGCUCACUUGCAUUUAGCCAGGCUCAGUUUUUUUGAGGCAGAAAAGGAAGGUUCUGCUGGUAAAGGGUAAGUUUUGCUGCCUGUCAGUCAGUGCCUUCAAGAUUCUAGAACUACUUCCCAAAAUAAUGCUACAAAUAUCCUCACUGAAGUAACUCGGGACUAAGUGAGCAGAAAUACAUCUUUCAUUUGCUUCUGUUGCUUCUUGUUCAUGAAGCUGGACAAUGGAUAGGAUACCUCUUACAUAAUAAGGAAUCUCACCUUUACACUGACAAAAGACCAGUUGGUAUUUAAUGCAUCAUUGUACAGUUAUUUCUGGGAUGGAAAUGGGAUAGAAGUUGGUUCUUCUGUUUUUUCUGUUUUCUA